AGAGAGAGAGAGAAAGAGAAAGGCAGGGAGAGAGAGAGAAAUCAAGGCAUAUUCGCCCCAGUAUUAACCUCCUAACUUCAUCCCAAAUGGGUUAAUUAGAAAAAGAAGCUCUAAGAUUUCCAUAAAAGAGCGCAAAACAGUACUCGUAAAAAUGAUGAUAAAUAGAUAAACAAAAUAAGUUAUCUCUCGUACGAACGAAAAACGUUUUCAUCCACCUGUACCCUUUUCCCUAAAAUUCAUCUUCUGUCUCAUUUAAUUUAAAGGAUUUCUUUUCAUCCGUAUCUCUCCUUUCCACUAAAAAAUUAUAUAUUUUUAAAAUCAUCUUUUAUCUUUUGUCCGCAGAUCUCAGCGAUGUUUCAAUGUGACCGCUGCAACAAUAUGUUUGAUAAGAAGAAACGUCAGCCGAUAGUCUUGUCCGGAUGUGGCCAUACUUACUGCAGGAUUUGCAUACGGGAGGAGAGGAGCCAAGAUCGCUUCAUGUGCCCCAAGUGUAGUAUUAUAUCACGUGACCUCGAGGAUAUGCCCAUCAAUCGGACUCUUUACCAGUUGCUGGAUGCGGAAGGCCGUGGAGAGGGCCAGGGCCCCGUCCCCGCAGGAAGCCGAGACUCGUUCGCCGUCGGCCUUCCAGCUGAGGAGGAGAAAGAGCGCAAGGCGAUGCUGGAGCAGCUCAGGAGGAUCAAGGGCGGCGAGAGCGGGGGCGAGGAGGUGCCCGUAGCAGCGGUUGGCGGCGAAGGCCUGUCUCUCAAGAAUCUCAGUUUGAGUGACGAUGAAGGUGGGGCUUGCGGCUUCAGCGUUGACUUCCAUAUGGAUGGGGGCAAAGAAUGGACGAGGAAGAAACUGGAGGAAGAAGAGGAGACGGACGAAGAGGAACAAAGGAGAUUGAUGAAAAGGAUGAAUAAACUUCUGAGAAAAGAACAGGAGCAGUUAGAGCUGGCUAUAGCACUCUCGAAAUCGCUCCAGGAAGCCCAGCCUAUAGAAAAAGAAUCCUGAAUUUACAAAGUUGGCACUGUUUCCUUGACAUGACUGGCCAAUGAGGGAGAGAGAGAAAAGCUUUAGACAGCCUGUAGGAUGCAACAUUUUAUUACAACACCAUUUGUUAAAUAGGAAUACAUACACAUUUAUUUUGAAAGUUGCGAGUGAUACAUUAAUAUAUUGUAGUACAUUAUUACCUGCUUAUUAAGCUUAUGAAUUUAGUUCUUACCCUAGUAUGUAAACACACUCAUACACGCCCAUACAUAUAUGGGUGUUCGCGUGAAAAUGUUACAUUGGGACCUAUAGUGCGCGAGACAGUCUGGUAGUGAAAAUAUCAGGAAUUAUAUUAUUAUAUUUUUCAGAUGCUACUCAUUCUAGUCCAUACACGAUGACACGUUGGCAUUUACUAUAAACUGCUUCUUCGUAUCAUUCAUGACAAUCCUAUACAUCUGCCAGGCAAGAGAAGUACUGCAACUCGUUUGGGGGAAAAAUUUCUAGAAAUCCAAGGAGAGUACUGUUGUUUUUUUAGAACGAAAGGGAUUAAAGUAGAGGGAGUUCUUCUGCCGGUAGAUUUCUCCAAACUUUACCUUGAAAUUCUUUUUCGCAUUUCAACACUAACAUCGCAAUGUCUGAACUGUCUCUUCCUUUUAAGUUCCCAAUGAUUCAUCAAUGACCAUACUUCAUAGAAAGUAAUGAGAUUUCGAAGGAAAACCACUUCUAUUCUAGCCAAAAGCCAUAUAAAAAACUUGACCUCGACUUAAGUAAGUGCAACAAUAAAUGUCACAGUGAAGAAAGAGGUAAAGGAUAUUUUUAUGAUUAUUAGCUAUUUUCUUAUGAAUACGCACUACAUUAUAAGAAUAUGGAAAUGUUCCUUGUUUCUGUGUCUAUCCGACGUUAAUUACUGCCAAGGCAACUAAUAUUUGACUUAAACGAUUUGUAGGCUUAUUUAUUUGAUUAUAAUACAGUGUUAAACGACUCUUAUUUCUAUAUCAAUCUAUAUGUGUACACAAAAUAGGGUUAUAGUCGCCAGUGGUCAGUAGCCAGAAUUAUUCCAGGAAUAUCCACACUAUUGUAAUCUUUGUUAUGAAGAAGUUACCAAAUUUCAACCUGAA